AUGACUCUUGGAGGGAUGACUGGUGCUGAUGAAGACAUUCCAAACAAUGAAGAUUCAACUUCUACUCGACGAAAAAGCCCCAAAUGGACAACUAAGCAAAAUUUGGUAGGAGGAAAAACGGGGUCUGGAAGCAGUGGAUCUAAGAGAGCUCACAAUCCUAAUGCAAGUGACUCAAACUCUGUAGGAUCUAGUGCUCGUCCCAUGGGGAGGGAUGCGUCUAAAAAGAAAGUUAAAAAAAAGGUAAGGGUGAUGCAUGCUUGGAAGUCGUUAAUGAAGAGUGAAAUGAUUUCAAGCAAUUGAAAGAGAAAGAGUUAGAAAACUUGGAAAAAAUUGCCAAGAGACAGAAGAGGCAAACAAAUUGAAGAAGAUGGAGAUGUUUAUGAAGCUAUUUGAGAGUGAGCAUCGCAAUGAUUGGAGCAAAAAGCUGUUAGAGAAGUUGAACUACGAAGUAUUUGGAAAUUAGUGGAUUUGAAGUGUAUGUGUACACUUCGUCACUUUCUACUUUAAUGUUUAUGUUU